GAAAACAUUCUCUCUGAAUUGGUUGUUCUUUCAAAGUGAUCAUUCAUUUGGCACCCAUUUCUUUUCUUUCACCCAUUCACUCCUUCCUUUCAUCUUUUCCAUUACACCCAUAAAAAUAAUAGUAGAAGAAGAGAGGAUACAAUGUGUGGAGCAGACAGUCAAGAUACGAAUGCGUCAACACGAGUAGAAGAAGGACACACCCUUGUUUUCCCAGAACAUCUUUACGCACAACUCACCGAUGCUCAUUGUCACAUUCAAGAUGAUCGUGAGAACAUUCAUCAGCUGUCUCAGUCCUGGUUAGCCUCUACUAGUAAGGGCAGCAAAGAUAACACUGUUCCACCCCUCUUGACUGGCAAAGUCUGUUUGAUGGGUGUCCAACCUUCUAAAGAUCUGGGACUAGUGUCAAAGGGUGAUUCAUCUAUCAUUGAAGGCACUGCUUCACUUUCUGUCAAUGCGUCCAUAUUACGAGGCCUAUCCUCGACUCCAGUGGUCACCGUGACCUGGAACGACACUGAUACAAUGGGUGAUUGGGACUUGGUCUCGAAACUAGCACACGAUCAUCCUGAUAGGGUCGUGCCCUGCUUUGGCAUCCAUCCUUGGUUCGCACACAAGUAUAAACCACUUGAGCCGUCGUCUUCAUCACUGAGAGGGCUCGAACUGCGAGGAGUGUCCCCUCAAAAUGGACCAUCUCCCAUCCAAGGGGCAGACAGCACUACAUCAACAACAAAACCCUUAUUGUCAUUUUCAUCCACGUCCUUGACACCCGUCCCUGGGCCUGGGGUGCGUCGGGAGGCAUUUUUGGCCAUGUCUAAACAACUGCAAGAACAGAUGGCGAAAGAGAGUCGUGAGAAGGAGGAGCGUGCGAAAGCUGCAUUGGAGAAUCAUCAACAAGAACAGAACAGCAAAGAAGAAAGAGAAUCGACAAAUAAUAUUAUUGCUGACAAUAACGCUCAACAGCAGCAAGGUGCUGCUGGAUCGCAUCAUCAUCCAAACUAUGCUCAUUAUCAAAAAGUUCUGAGCCUUCCCAGUUCUGCACCAGCAACAUAUUUGGAUGACCUGGCCAAGCGACUGCCCGAGCCUCGGGCACUUGAACCUGCAUUAAAAGAGUUGCGACGACAGUUGGAAGCGCAUCCGCAUGCGAUUCUUGGCGAAGUUGGCUUGGAUAGAACGGCACGUGUUCCAGAACCUUCUAUGACAAAUACAGUCGAGCCUGUUGAUAGUGCAGGAGGCAUAGUUGAAACUGAGACUGGAGGUGAGAAUGAUAGAAAGGAACAGAAAAGAAUAACGUUGGCCUUGACAUCCAUUCAACAUCAGCUUGAAAUUGUGCGAGAGCAACUUAAGCUGGCAGCAUCGUUGAGCCGGCCCGUCAGUUUUCAUUGUGUUCAGGCAUAUGGACAUUGGCAUGAUUUCUUGAUCCAGGAAGGCAGACGGAUGAAGCAAAUAGAGGCCGAUCAUGGGUAUCAACUCCAGCUAGAGCAGAUUCGCGCUUCAGGUGGAGCUGUGACCAUUUCUCCGGUGAGUCCGUCAGGGAUUCGGCUGAGUAAUAAAUAUGCCGCGAGGUUGAGGAAGGAGGCCAGAGACGCGGCAUGGGAAAGACAUGUAGCCUCAACCCUCCACGAAUCGUCGGAUGAGGAGGAAGAGGAGGAAGAGGAGGAAGAAGAGGACAUGUUGUCGGAUGGGGGACAGGAAAAUACAGAUGGCCGUGAGGAGAGUAAGAAGAAAAUGACUGAAAAAAAGGCUGACAACUCGACUGACACAAGGUUAACCGCAAACACAAGUAAUGAGGAUUUAACAGAAGUGACGGUAAAGGAUAGUUUGAAUAACGUACCUCUGCACGAGGUGGUGCUACCUCCACGACUCUGCAUGCACAGCUAUGGGGGCUCAACAGAUAUGAUCAAAGCAUUUACAAAGAUGGACCAUCCACCCGAGAUCUUUUUUUCAUUCUCGAUGUUAAUCAAUGGACGACUUCAAGAACGGAAGUUGAGAGAGUUGAUUUUGGCUGUGCCUGAGGACCGAUUGUUAAUUGAAUCGGAUCAUCACUCGCACACUCAUGUUGAUCAAUUGUUGGUGGAGAUGGUCCAUAAGAUAGCUGAGAUUCGUAAAUGGAGUAUUGAAGAGACAGUUCAAAAAACAGCUCGGAAUUGGCGCCGAUUUGUGUACGGUUGAAAAGAUUUAAAAAAAAUAGAGACAAGAGGACACAAAUAAACAUUUGAUGUAUGGAGGUGAUCAACCAGCAACGUCCAUGAUGACGAUAAUAAUAAUAAAACCGCCUUAGCAAUUCCUAACC